CAAAUAUGUCUCUAUUAUAAGGUGAUUCGUAGUCUGAGAAAAUCAUGUCAACUGCAGUUUGGUUCUUCAGGACUGGGUUGGUAGUAGCUCUGUUUCUGGGUUCUAGCUGUUCUUCUUACUGUUUCUUUGAAAUUUCAUGUCCCUGUGAUUCUAGUAUUACCGACUAUACAGUUUGUAUUAAAAAAGACUUAUCCACUGAGUACUCAUGCAAAAGAUGGGUCAACUGUCCAACUUGUACAUUUAACAGCACGGAGUGUGAGAUGUGUCCGCCCGGUCGCUUUGGAUCUAACUGUGCAAAAGGAGACAAGAAAAUUUAUGCAGACCUUGGCAUAAUUGAUGCUGGAAACAGAAAAAAUCUUUAUGUACGCAAGAAUGCUGCAAACCAAUUUUGUUCGCAGCCCCUCAUUGUUUAUGUGUUUACAUUUUUCAUUCUCUCUUUGGUAAUAUUCUUUUAUAAUAUGCUACAGAUUUAUUCUUAAUUUUUAAAACCUCGCACGCAAGCGCAUACGUUGAUAGUUAUUGAUGUUGGCCUACAUGUUUUAGAAACGCAAAUAAAUUUGUUAAAGAUUAUGGAUUUCAAGUAAUACAUAAUGAAUUAAUUUUUUAUAAUAAAGCUUCAAUUUGUUUUUGAUCCUCUA